UGAAAAUUUUAGUCUUCAAUGCGCUGCGUAGAGAAAAAAGUGCAUAGCCAUGAAACAGUCUCUCGCUUCAAGCCGCUGGCUGAAAUGAAUGGAGAGGAGAGGCGCAUGAUGGAGCGUGUCUGCACAAUUCUGCAGGGCCCAGAUCCGCGGCAGGACACGGUUCAGGAUGCAGCCUUUUUCUUUGCAAAUCACUACUGGCUGCAUGAAGGCCUUUUUGUACCGCAGAUGCACGAUUAUGACUGCUACCUCGCGCAGAAGUAUGCGAUAAAUAAUACUCUUCCGUGCAUCCUUUUUACAAUCCAUGAGAGCCACAGUCUGCUUGCGUUCCUAAAAAAGAAAAAGCAGCUAGAGCAGCUGAAGAAGUACUUCUUUCGGGUUAUAGAGAAGAAGCUGACUCGGUGGACAAAUGUAUACAUUUCCAUACGGGACAAGCAGGAGAGUGCGCUGUGCACGCAGCUGGACAUUCUUCGGCAGAUGUGCAUUCUGAAGCUGUGCAGAAUUCUGGUGCGAGAGAAAAAGUACUGGAUAAGGCUGCUUGAUGAAGUGCAGGCAAGGUUUUCCUGCGAAGGACGGGAGAUAUCCGUGCCAGAGAUACCUGAUUCAGAGCUGAGGCACUUCCCAGCGUCCUUCUCCAGCGCAAAUGAGUUUCUCCUGGACCUCCGGAAGCAGUGCAUAGAUGCAACCCGCACACCGCCGGGCACUCAGAUGUCCUUUGUGCAUGUUCGGAGUGCCUUCCAGCUGAAGUGGAUUGUGGGGAAGUGGACAAGUCUGCCAUUGCUGACUGACAUCGUAUGGCUGUACCAGGGCCUAUUCAACGAAAAGUUGUGGUACACGUUCAGAGAAACCACGCUGUGCUCAUAUCACAACUUAAAAAGCGCAAUAGAUGCGUACAGGAAGAAUGUGCAAGCACUAUGCACAAAGGCGCUGAAAGAGCCCCGCGGCAGGUACUACAUGAUAACCCAGCAGUGGCUGCUGCGCGCAAUUGAGGAGAAGGAAGAACCAGAUGCCCUCACCAAGGAGUAUUUGGGAAUACUGGCCACAUAUGUCGGGGCAGACAAGACAGCCCCCAGCCCAUUUACUAGCCUUACCUGGGGGCCAAAGCAAAAGGGAUGUGCCAUGCGCUUUACUAACCCAGACCACAUUCCUGUAGUAAAGGCCAAACGCACUCUAUGGUAUUAUACUCUGGUGGAUGGUGAGUGCAUUUGUCCGUGUUUAUUCUCUGCUGGCUUUAGCACUGGCCUGUCUUGGUACAUACGCUCUGUGCCGCUGUGGGCAGAGUUAGCAACGGGGCGCGGGGAUGGAUACUUUCGCGGCAAAAUGACAGUUUUUCCAGAUCUGAUGGAGGGAAAGAACCCGCUCUGGGCAGGAGUAUUUCUACAUCUGAUUGUACUCGUAUUAUUUCUACUGUUCAGGCACAACCACAAAUCUCAGUGCAUGGGAGAGAUAGUUGUGCGACAUAUCUUUUAGAUAAUGCACAGCUGUCUUAAAUGAAGUAGCCCGAUAUAACCCGAAAUGCACUUUUAAAAUUAGCUAUAUCUGUGGUGCACUUUCGGGCUAUUAUAGUAAAUAAAUACAAAUACUUUCACAAAAGAAGAAAAGAGUGAAAUUAUUUAGGCAGAUAGAUUUAAAGUACUAUCUUUUGCUAUUUACAUGAGAUUCACACUGUAGAGCACUAUAUAUGACAAUGCGAUAAUAAAUAUUAAAUAUGGUAUUAAGACACCAACG